UAUCCGGCGGAUAAAUCCUUAUCCAGUGAAUGAGUUGAUGCUGUUUUCCAAUACCAACCAACUGGAUAAGAUUUAUCCGUUGGAUAGCGCUAUCCAGGCUWCGUACAACCGGGCCCUGGUUAUUAGACAUUCUGAGGACAUCCAUUCUGAGAAGACAUUCUGCAUUGUGGGGCAGUUUGGACAUAUUUCCAAGAUGACAUCUAAUUCGUCCCCUAAAACAGUCCAUUAUGCACUGCAAUGUCAUUCUACGAAACUAUUACUGCAGCCUCGGUCAAAGUUCCCUUUAAACGAGAAGGGUAUCAGAAGAAAUCAGACGAGGGAGAUCGAGAAGUUCCUUUAUAGGUAAACCCUGGUCAGCAGCAUGUCAAACUCUGUGAAGAUCAUCAAGURUCUAGUUAUCUUUUUUAACCUUCUAUUUUUCGUUUUAGGGAUUUGUCUGUUGGCUAUAGGAGCCUGGGGAGAAGCCACUAUUGGACCAUAUGUCCAGCUGUCAAGUGUUAACUACGCCACUGCUCCACGUGUACUGAUGGCUCUCGGCGUAGCUAUUGCUGUUGUUGCCUUCUUUGGCUGUUGUGGAGCUAUGAAGGAUAACAAAUGCAUGCUAACUAUGUUUUUCACGAUGCUGUUAGGUCUACUGCUGCUUGAGAUUACCGCGGCUGUGCUUGCAUUCCACAACAAAGACAAGAUCCAAAAAGAGCUGGAAAAAGAUAUCAGAAAGAACAUCGUGCAUUAUCCAAAAGAAAAUGUUAAAGCACUCGAUGAUUUACAAAAUAAAUUGAAGUGUUGCGGUGCAAACGGGCCCAGUGAUUGGUUAAACAAUACUGAUUACAUGAUGACAAAUUACACGACCUCGGUACCAGACUCCUGCUGCAAGACAGAAUAUGAAGGUCAAGAUUGCGGGAGAGGUCAACUUGUUAACCAAACCAAAAUACAUACGACUGGAUGCUACCCAGCACUAAAGGAAAAGAUUGAGGAUAACCUGGUACCAACUGGUGCCUUGGCUAUGACGGUACUGGUCAUACAGAUACUUGGAAUGUCAUUUGCCAUAGUCCUUAUUUGCCGCAUGUAAUGCUUCAAGACGUAAAAACAACAGAAAAAUAUUAUUAACACCUUUAGUCAAUAUCAUAAACAAAUUUUUCACGCUCCAAAAAAUCUCUCAUUAGCAAAACAGUUCUACAAGAUGAGACGUUUGGUAGCGAAAGAAAUGGCCUGCCUAGCUGAUAACUUAUCAGUAAACCAUUUAUAAAGUGUAAAACAGAAAUAAACGUAUUGGUGAUAAGUUAUAAUUAGAAUGUAAUAGAAGUUGCACAGGUUCUGGGCCUAUAGUCAAAAGUUCAAACCUGUAUACAAGAGGUUUUUCACUGAGCUUUAGUAAAGUCAUUACAUGUAUUUAUUUCAACAAUAAGUCUUAUUAAAAUUGUUAUAUAAUGGAGCAUCAUGAUUCAUCAAAAAACUGCCGGAGACCAAUAAAAAGUGUUUUGACAAUA